GUCAUAUUUUGUCGACGGAAACGUUCAGCAUGUAGCGGGUUUGCAGCUGUCUUGUAGAAGAGAUCCAAAGGUGACGAUGUGACCAGAGACUGCCGCUACAUUGGGUUUUCUUGCUCUCCGGUGGAGAGGCUGUCGGCAGGUUCGAGUCUCAGGAGGGAACCGAGCGGUGGUGGCCAGGAUGGACGACUGGACCCCGAACCCCCGAGCGAAGCCCUUCAUCCCCCGCCAGCAACGAAGCCUUUACUUAGCCUGGAAAUACAAACUAACCAACAAGCGAGCGAUCCGCCGCUUCUGUCAGGCUGGUGCAGUCUUGUUUCUGCUCAUCACUGUGAUUGUCAACAUCAAGCUGAUUCUGGACACCAGAAGAGCAGCCAAUGAGGAGGAGGCAGCGCUGGCGUAUGGUGAGCAGCAGAUGUUCAAGGACGCGUUGCCAAACAUGGAGACACCGCGCAGACCUGUUGGUGGACGCAAGCUCCUGGACAUCGAGGUGUACUCCAGCCGCUCCAAGGUGUAUGUGGCCGUGGACGGAACCACUGUGCUGGAGGACGACAUGCGAGAGCAAGGCAGAGGCAUCCACGUGAUCGUUCUCAACCAGGCGACUGGACAUGUGAUGGCCAAGAGGAUAUUUGACACCUACUCCCCCCAUGAGGACGAGGCCAUGAUCCUCUUCCUCAACAUGGUGACAAGAGGCCGCGUCCUCAUCUUCACCAUCAAGGACGAGGGUACGUUCCACCUGAAGGACUCUGCUAAGAACCUCCUGAAGAGCCUGGGGAGCGAGGUGUCUCUCAGCCUGAGCUGGAGGGACAUGUGGACCCUGGUGGUGAAGAAAGGAGGUCAGGUAUACGGAGAGAAGCACUCCAAGUCCCCAGCGUUGUCCACCUGGGGCGACCCCGUGCUGCUGAAGACCGAGGUGCAGCUCACUGCCUCUGAAGAGGCAGAGUGCCGCUGGGCCGACACGGAGCUGAACCGCCGCAGGAAGCUGUUCUGCAGUAAGGUGGAGGGCUACGGCAGCAUCUGCAGCUGCAAGGACCCGGCGCCCAUCGAGUUCACCCCCGACACCCUGCCCAUCAACAAUGUCUUCGAUGUCCCCGUCGCAGUGAUUGCUGGGAACAGACCCAACUAUCUCUACAGAAUGCUGCGAUCUCUUCUGUCAGCUCAUGGUGUCAAUCCGCAGAUGAUUACCGUCUUCAUCGAUGGAUAUUAUGAAGAGCCCAUGGAUGUGGUGGAGCUGUUUGGCCUGAAGGGAGUCCAGCACACACCCAUCAGCAUCAAGAACGCCAGAGUGUCCCAGCACUACAAGGCGAGCCUGACCGCUACCUUCAACCUGCACCCGGACGUGAGCUUUGCCAUCGUCCUUGAAGAGGACCUGGACAUCUCCAUCGACUUCUUCAGUUUUCUGAGCCAGACGGUUCAUCUGCUGAACGAGGACGACAGCCUCUACUGUAUCUCUGCCUGGAACGAUCAGGGCUACGAGCACACGGCGGAGGACCCCGCGCUGCUCUACAGGGUGGAGAGCAUGCCGGGCCUGGGCUGGGUGCUGAAGAAGAGCCUCUACAAGGACGAGCUGGAGCCCAAGUGGCCCACCCCCGAGAAGCUGUGGGACUGGGACAUGUGGAUGCGGAUGCCGGAGCAGAGGAAGGGGCGGGAGUGCGUCAUCCCCGACGUGUCGCGCUCGUACCACUUCGGCAUCAUCGGCCUGAACAUGAACGGAUACUUUCACGAGGUUUAUUUCAAGAAACACAAGUUCAACACGGUGCCCAACGUUCAGCUGAAGGACGUUGAAGGCUUGAAGCAGGACGCGUACGAAGUGGAGAUCCAGAGUCUGCUGAACGAGGCGGAGCUGCUGGACCACAGCAGGAACCCGUGUGAGGACGCCUUCGUCCCCGACACCGAGGGCAAGACCUACAUCAUGUACAUCAAGAUGGACACGGAGACGGACACAGACACCUGGACGGAGCUCGCCAAGUGCCUCCACGUGUGGGACCUGGACGUGAGGGGGAACCACCGCGGCCUGUGGCGUCUCUUCAGGAAGAAGAACCACGUGCUGGUGGUCGCCUUCCCCGUCUCCCCGUACUCUGUCAAGAAGCCAGCGAGCGUCACUCCCAUCCACCUGGAGCCUCCGCCCAAAGAAGAGGGCGCGGCCGUGGAGCAGAUGUGAGGCCAGGGGCCCCCCCGCCCAGACCCCCGCACGUAGCGCUCCACCGCGGGGCCCCCAGCGCGCCACCCCGGGGCCCCCAGCCUUUACCAACACAGGCCUUAACAACUUAUCAAAGCCCCCUGCUCAGAACCCCCUCCCCCCCCGGUUCCCCCCGCUCCAGCAGUGUCCCUGCGUGGCUCCGACGGACCCUUGGCCGCCCCCUGGGGGCCGGGGGGGCUCCUGUCACCCGAUGGACGCCUUGACCAACGCCCACCGCUCGGUCCACACCAGGGGGUCGUGGGGGCCGCGAGUCGUGAGCCCGUGAAAGGGUAUCUUCU